UGCGCAGUGUCCGCUUCCGGCUCCGACUUGCCAGGGCCGGCGGUGCUGGCAUCCUCUCCAGCCUCAACCUUGUCAUCAUCAUGGCGGAGCCGCGAGACAAAGCGCUGCAGGACUACCGCAAGAAGCUGCUGGAGCACAAGGAGAUCGACGGGCGCCUCAAGGAGCUGAGGGAACAACUGAAGGAGCUUACCAAGCAGUAUGAGAAAUCUGAAAAUGACCUCAAGGCUCUGCAGAGUGUUGGACAGAUUGUUGGUGAGGUUCUUAAACAAUUAACAGAGGAAAAAUUCAUUGUCAAAGCAACAAAUGGACCAAGAUAUGUCGUUGGUUGUCGGCGUCAGCUCGAUAAAAGUAAACUAAAGCCUGGGACAAGAGUUGCAUUGGAUAUGACCACACUAACUAUUAUGAGGUAUUUGCCAAGAGAAGUUGAUCCUCUGGUUUACAACAUGUCUCAUGAAGAUCCUGGUGAUGUCUCUUAUUCUGAGAUUGGCGGACUGUCAGAACAAAUCAGGGAACUAAGAGAGGUUAUAGAGUUGCCACUGACAAAUCCAGAAUUGUUCCAGCGUGUGGGGAUUAUACCCCCAAAAGGCUGCUUGCUGUAUGGCCCACCAGGUACAGGAAAAACUCUCCUGGCCAGAGCUGUUGCCAGUCAGUUGGACUGCAAUUUCUUAAAGGUUGUGUCUAGUUCCAUUGUAGACAAAUACAUUGGGGAAAGUGCUCGCCUGAUCAGAGAAAUGUUCAACUAUGCCAGGGACCACCAGCCCUGCAUUAUCUUCAUGGAUGAAAUUGAUGCUAUUGGUGGUCGUCGGUUUUCAGAGGGAACAUCAGCUGACAGAGAAAUUCAAAGAACUUUGAUGGAGUUAUUGAAUCAAAUGGAUGGAUUUGACACCCUGCAUAGAGUUAAAAUGAUUAUGGCUACAAAUAGGCCAGAUACCCUGGAUCCAGCUCUGCUGCGUCCUGGACGGCUGGAUAGGAAAAUUCACAUUGAUUUACCAAAUGAACAAGCCAGGUUAGAUAUACUGAAGAUCCAUGCUGGGCCUAUAACUAAACAUGGAGAAAUUGAUUAUGAAGCAAUCGUGAAGCUUUCUGAUGGCUUUAAUGGAGCCGAUCUGAGAAAUGUCUGUACUGAAGCAGGCAUGUUUGCCAUUCGUGCCGAUCACGACUUUGUUGUUCAGGAAGACUUCAUGAAGGCUGUUAGGAAAGUCGCAGAUUCCAAGAAGCUGGAGUCGAAGUUGGACUACAAACCUGUCUGAAUGUAACCGUGCCAUUUACAUGGCUAACUGACUGCAUGGGGAACAUCGGGGCUUGAUAGGGAAAAGGAGAAUCAAAAGUACCCCUUGAUUGUGUUCAUAUUGCAAGUAUUUCUAUUACAGUGGUGAGCCUACCAGCUGUUAAGUUAGUGCUGUGUCUGCUUGCAGGAGAGUGUGGCAUGUUGACUACACCAGGGCCUGUUUAAUGAGUGCAGAAUAAAAUAUGUCAUCACAUGGAAACUCUGUACAAUGUACCAAGUUUCUUUCAUUUCAGCAGAUUUUUUUAAAGUAUGUGUCUGAUUUUAUAUAAUUGUCAUUUUUUUCUUCCCUUAAGCAGUUGAAUAAAACUUGUGGAAAUCCCUUCCCCUCGA